GUCGACGACGGUACGAUUGUGUCCAACUGCUGUCUUUUCACCCGGAACACAAGUCUCCGACCAUCGUCGCAUGAUAUAAUAUAAUAUAUUAUACUGCACAUCCAACUGCAUAUUAUAUAUAAUAUACGCAUUAUAUAUAUAUAUAUAUAGGCGGUAAAUUAAAAUAUUACACAAUAGACGUGGCUCUCGACCGAAUUCACACGUACUACGGCACUCGCGGUGUACCUAUAUAAUAUAUAGAUACUCGCCGUGAUCCGACGACGGACAACGACACGCACGGCGUCCAAAUCAUCUGUUGAUUAUUCAAUCAUCUGCCGUGCGCCCGCAAAACACUUCCGGUAUAACUAUUAUACCAUUACACCAUAAUAUACACACGUAUAUUAUUCGAUUUUCAUCCGACGUCCCCAAACAGUCCUCGACGACGAGAUGGCCCGCUGCAGCACUCUGGCCGUCGCCAUCAUCGCCUUAGCGCUUUGCUUACACACCAUAUUGGCCUACCCGACUUCGAUCGAACGAGUUUCCGGAGACAACAAUUACUUGCCUCUUCGAAAUUCUCCAUCGAGGGAUUUGGAUCGCUUCAUCGAAGGAGAAAAUCUUCUUAGAGACUUGGAAAUGUUGAGAAACCGUGCUGAGUACUUCGCAAGGCAAAACCGUCAUAUUAAUUCGUUGGAUGGCAUAGGUUUUGGGCAGAACAAACGGUUUGACACUCUCAGUGGUGUAUCUUUCGGAGGCCAAAAAAGAAACUUCGACGAAAUCGACCGCAGUGGAUUCGACCGGUUCAUCAAAAAGAACUUCGACGAGAUUGACCGCAGUGGAUUCGACAGGUUCAUCAAAAAGAACUUCGACGAGAUCGAUCGUAGUGCUUUUAGUAGUUUCGUGAAACGCCCCAGCAAGGUGCCAACGACCAAUUUGGAAUAGACGGCGACUCUGCACGCGCACGCACACACACGCACUCCCAAAUACACUUACAUACGUCAUAAUAAUAACAAUAACAAAAAUAAUAUAUUAUUAUAUACUCACUAAAACUCGUAUAGACAUUGCCGACAUAGUUAAAGUAUAUGUAUAGUUUAGGUAUUAUAAAAGGAAAACGCGUAUUGCCGUUACUAGAUUAGUUACUAUAUUCCACUGCAUAGCAUUACGAUAUUAUUAAAUAAUAAUUAUGAAUAUAAAAAUAUAGCCAAUCAUAAUAAUAUGUCAUUAUGUAUAACAACGAUCAUCUGGAGUCCGCAUCACAUCAUUUAUGCCGUUGUUUGGACAAAUGCGCGCGUGCCAUUUUACCGGUAUAUAUCUCACCCUAUAUACCUUAAAUCUAUAAAUAUGUACUGUAGAAAUGGAAUUGAAUCCGUUAGUAAGCAUUUUAAAGAGUAAAUUUUAUUUUAAUUUUUGACGUGGAUUAGUCGUCAAAUAAAAACUUAAAAAAAAACAAAUAAAAACAAAAAAAAAAAUACAAUACAUUAUAUUGAAUUUUUUCUAUUUUUUUUUUCAUAGUUCUGUUUGUGAAUCUCAUCAACUAUAUAGUCAUUAUUAUGAAUUUGUAACAGAUAAUAAUAUAAUAAAUACACAUAGAUACAUAAUAA